AUGGAGCACGUAGCUCGUCAUAUGUAUGAGACGGAUUUGGUAAAUAUACCAAAUGCGGAACUCAUUUUGCGCUUCGAGGUUGACUCGGUGGAGCUCGUAGCUCGUUAUAGGUUUGAGACGAGCACGGUGGAUACACCGUGCACGGAGCUUAUUGCGCGUUUCAAGAUGAACUUGGCGGAGCUCGUAGCUCGUCGUAUUUAUGAGACAGACUUAGUAAAUAUACCAAGUACGAAACUCAUUUCGCGCUUCGAGGUUGACUCGGUGGAGAUCGUAGUAGCUCAUAUGGAUGUAAAACCGGUAAUCAUACCGCAUUUGCUUAUCCCGCGUGCUUCAAGAUUAACUCGGUAG